AUGGCGAGGCACUUCCUGCUCAACACGGGAAACCGGAUGCCCUCGGUGGGGCUCGGCACCUGGCAGGCCGACCCCGGCGUCGUCGGCGCCGCCGUCUACGCCGCCGUCAAGGCGGGUUACCGACACAUCGAUUGCGCCAGCGAAUAUGGCAAUGAGAAGGAGAUUGGUUUGGCGCUGAAGACACUAUUUGAAGAGGGUAUAGUGAAGCGUGAAGAUCUGUUUAUCACCUCUAAGCUAUGGAAUGACUGUCACGCUCCUGAAGAUGUGCCAGAGGCACUAAAUAAAAGCCUCAAUGAUUUACAGCUUGAUUACUUGGAUCUUUAUCUUAUCCAUUGCCCAUUUAGUGUCAAGAGGGGAAAAGACCAUAGCCCUGAAAACUUUGUUACACCUAACAUCCCUGUUACUUGGGGGGCAAUGGAAAAGUUACAUCAUGCUGGCAAAGCUCGCGCGAUUGGUGUGAGCAACUUCUCAUCAAAGAAGUUGGGUGACUUGCUUUCUGUAGCUCGUGUACCUCCUGCUGUUAAUCAGGUGGAAUGUCAUCCUGGUUGGCAGCAAACUAAGCUCCACAACUUUUGUCAGUCAACUGGAGUUCAUCUUAGUGCUUACUCACCACUAGGUUCACCUGGUACUACUUGGAUGAAUGGUAACGUCCUUAAAGAACCAAUGAUUAUCUCAAUAGCUGAGAAACUCGGCAAGACAACUGGACAAGUGGCUCUGCUCUGGAACAUCCAGAUGGGUCACAGUGUACUACCAAAGAGCACAAAUCAAGAAAGGAUAAAGAAAAACCUCGAUGUUUACGAUUGGACAAUUCAAGAUGAUGUGCUUGCAAAGUUCUCAGAGAUUCAGCAGGCUAGGCUGUUGAGAGGCGACUUUAUGAUUAAUCCACAGAGCGUUUACAAGACCCAUGAGGAGUUCUGGGAUGGUGGAAUUUAA